AUGACAACGAGUGCGGAACAACGGAAUGGUUCUGUUGGGACUGCUGUUGCAAUGGCAACUUCGUCUUCAAGUCGCACAACUCCUGCACCGGCGAUGGCACAGGCAGAAAAACCCGAAAAUUUUUUCGGUGUGCACUUUAAGUGUUGGCAACAGAAAAUGUUCUUCUACCUGACCACACUCAGUUUACAGCAUUUUAUCAGCGAAGACGUUCCAGUUCUUGGAGAAGAAACUCCUGAAAAUGAGCGAUUUGUGGUCACUGAGAAGUACAAGACUGAAGAUGCUGGACUAAAGAAGUUUGUGGCCGCCAAAUUUCUGGAUUUCAAAAUGGUUGACGGUAAAUCUGUCAUAACGCAAGUCCAAGAAUUGCAACUGCCUCCGCUAUGGAAGGACUUUAAGAAUUACUUGAAACAUAAGCGCAAGGAAAUGACGCUUGAAGACCUUAUUGUUCGUCUACGGAUUGAAGAGGACAACAAGGCUGCUAAGAAGAAGUCUCGUGGAAAUUCAACAAUAAUGGGUGCAAAUAUUGUUGGACACAAGGUUGCUGAAUGUCGUGCACCGAAGAAGGAGAAGAAGAAAAGUCAAGCAAACAUGAUUGAGAAGAAUGAUGAAAUAAACAAUUUAUGUGCCAUGUUUUCAGAGUGCAACCUAGUCGGAAAUCCUAGAGAAUGGUGGAUUGAUUCGGGGGAAACUCAUCAUGUUUGUGCUAACAAGGAGUUGUUUACUUCUUAUGCUCCCGUUGAACCCAACGAUACAGUUUUUAUGGCAAUUUCCGCUACUGCAAAAAUUGAAUGA